AUGACGGAGCCCAAGCCGAAGGACGCCCGCGCUCCUUGCGCGGCGGGCGGCGCGCUGGUCCCCGCGGAGGUCGGGGCGCCGCUGCUAGGCGGCGGGGACCGCGUCGCCUUCGCGGGGCCGCAGCCGUCGGACGCCUCCCUGGACGGGCUGCUCUUCCCCGCGCCCUGCCCGGGCCGGGGCCCCGCGGACGGGAAGCUGCCGGACGCGGGCGCGGACGCGGCGGCCCCGGAGAAGGACGGCCGGCUGCUGGACAGCGUGCUCGACUCGCUGCUGGAGCCGCCCGGCGCGCGCGCCAGCCCGCCCGCCUGCGCCGCCUGGUGCCUGUUCGGCCCCGGGGGCGCCGAGCUCCCCGACGACCCCCGCGGCGCGGCCACCAAGGGGGCCCCGGCGCUGCUCCCCAGCCGGCCCGAGGCCAGGGCGGGCGCCGCCGGCAAGGUGCCUCCCCGGGGCCCCGCCCCUUCCGCGCGGGCGCUGCUGCUGCCCGCGCCCGGGACCCCGCCGUGGCCCGGGGCGCCCCCCAAGCUGCCCGCCGCCGCCGCCGCCGCCCAGGGGGACGACGUGGACUCGGAGCCCGACGGCCCCGCGGGGCUGCUGCCCAGGGCCCGCGCCCUGGCGCCCCGGGGCCCCGCGGCGGAGCCGGACGCGUCUCCUGGGCGCGGGCCUCCGGGCUCCGCGGUGCUCGACCUGGUCCCGGUGCCGCUGCCGGUGCUGCCGCUGGGCCACGCGCUGCUGGCGGCGCGCACGCGGCAGCUGCUGGAGGGGGAGGCGCUGGACGGCGGCCCCGGCGGCGACUUCCCCGCCUGCGCCUACCCGCCCGACGCCGACCCCAAGGACGACGCCUUCCCGGGCUUCGGCGACUUCCAGGCCGCGGCGCUGAAGAUCAAGGAGGAGGAGGAGGGCGGCGCGGACGCGGCCGUGCGCUCCCCGCGCCCGUUCCCCGCGCCCGGGGCCUCCCCCGCCGCCUUCGCGGACUUGGCGCCGCCGCCGCCGCGCGCGCCCUCCUGCCGGCCCGGGGACGGAGCGGCGCCCGGCCCCGCCAACGCCGCCUCGCUGUCGCCCGCGCCCGCCCUGGAGUGCAUCCUCUACAAGCCGCCCGGCGCCGCCGCCCCGCCGGGCCCCUUCGCGCCCGCGCCCGGCAAGCCCGCGGGGCCCGGCGUCGGGGCCGGGGUCGCCGCCUGCCUGCUGCCCCGGGACGGCCUGGCCGCCCCCUCCGUGGCCGCCGCGCCCGCGCCCGCGCUCUACCCGCCACUCGGCCUCAACGGCCUCCCCCAGCUCGGCUACCAGGCCGCGGUGCUCAAGGACGGCCUGCCGCAGGUCUACCCGCCCUACCUCAACUACCUGAGGACGGAGGCCGAGGCCGGGCCCAGCCCGCAGUUCAGCCUGGAGUCCUUCCCUCAGAAGAUCUGCCUCAUCUGCGGGGACGAGGCGUCCGGCUGCCACUACGGGGUCCUCACCUGCGGCAGUUGCAAGGUGUUCUUCAAGAGGGCCAUGGAAGGGCAACAUAACUACUUAUGCGCUGGACGGAACGACUGCAUCGUGGAUAAGAUCCGCAGGAAAAACUGCCCCGCGUGUCGCCUUCGGAAGUGCUGCCAGGCUGGCAUGGUGCUGGGAGGUCGAAAGUUCAAGAAGUUCAACAAGGUCCGGGUGGUACGAGCCCUGGAUGGAGUGGCGCUCCCUCCGUCUGUGGGCCUCCCGAGCGAAGGCUCCGCCCUGGGCCAGAGAAUCACCUUCUCCCCGAGCCAGGAGAUCCAGCUGGUGCCGUCCCUCAUCAACCUGCUCAUGAGCAUCGAGCCCGACGUGAUCUACGCGGGACAUGACAACACGAAGCCGGACACCUCCAGCUCCCUGCUGACCAGCUUGAACCACCUCGGCGAGAGGCAGCUCCUGUCUGUGGUCAAGUGGUCCAAGUCCCUGCCAGGCUUCCGGAACUUGCACAUUGACGACCAGAUCACGCUGAUCCAGUACUCGUGGAUGAGCCUCAUGGUGUUCGGGCUGGGCUGGAGGUCCUACAAGCACGUCAGCGGCCAGAUGCUCUACUUCGCGCCCGACCUGAUCCUCAACGAGCAGCGGAUGAAGGAGUCGUCGUUCUACUCCCUGUGCCUCACCAUGUGGCAGAUCCCCCAGGAGUUCGUCAAGCUGCAGGUCAGCCACGAGGAGUUCCUGUGCAUGAAAGUGCUGCUGCUGCUGAACACGAUUCCUUUGGAAGGCCUGAGGAGCCAGAGCCAGUUUGAGGAGAUGAGGUCCAGCUACAUCCGGGAGCUGAUCAAGGCCAUCGGCUUGAGGCAGAAAGGUGUCGUGCCCAGCUCGCAGCGCUUCUACCAGCUCACGAAACUCCUGGAUAACUUGCACGAUCUAGUGAAGCAGCUGCACCUGUACUGCCUCAACACCUUCAUCCAGUCCCGGACCCUGGCUGUGGAGUUUCCGGAAAUGAUGUCGGAAGUCAUUGCUGCCCAGUUACCCAAGAUCCUGGCGGGCAUGGUGAAGCCCCUCCUCUUCCACAAAAAGUGAGCGCCACGCUCUCCCUCUCCAGGAAAAACAGCGAAAGCUUUGCGGACUGUCCUUCUGCUUCGGUGAGGGUGCGGGUGGUCUCGAGUUUUUAUAAUAUCCUUCGGAAAGCCUUACAUUUACAACAUAUCAUAUUGUGUACAUUUAGGAGAAAAAAAUGUGAGAUUCGAAUUUUCUUUUGUAAAGCAUAGUUUGAAUUUUUCAAGUGUACUUGUGUACCUAUAUUUUCUUUUAGAGUUUACAAGAUUGAAAAAGUACUAAAAUCGAUG